CGCAGCAAUGGGGAUUAAUGGAGCUUUUUGCCCUCCUUAUUUCUUUCCCUUAGCCAUCAAUUCUGCACCCCAUAAUAUUCUCCUUUCAUCCUCUCUCAACGUCCACCUCCGGUGCUCGGAAUAUGGAUAGAAGGUUCUAUGAGGCGGCUCUACGAGGCGAUGUGUCAGCCUUCCUGAAUCUGGUUGGAGAAGAUGAAAACAUUAUUGAACAAACAAGUGUUCGAUCCUUCAACACUGUCUUGCACAUAGCUGCCAAGUUUGGGCAUCUCGAAUUGGCUGCGGAGAUCAUUAAGUUACGCCCGAAGAUGGUGUGGGCAGAGAACGAGAAGAUGGAAACUCCAUUGCACGAAGCGUGCCGAGAAGGGCACUUCAGUUUAAUGGAGGUGUUAUUGGAGGCCGACCCUUGGGUUGCCGCACGGAAAAAUUGCGACGGAGAGACCGUGCUCUCUGUUGCUUGUGGAAGGGGGCAGCUCAAUGUGGUGGAGCACCUCUUGACCUACAGGUGGCUUCUAAUGCUGGAAGAUAAUGGAGGAACAACUUCCCUUCAUGUUGCAGCGUCAGCGGGGCAUCUCGAGAUUGUGAAAGAACUACUAAAUGCACGCCCAGAUUUUGCACAGAAAAGGGACCUGCAAGGAUGUUCUCCAUUGCACCUAGCUUGUAGCAAAGGUCACUUAGAGGUAACAAGAGAGUUUCUAAGGCUUGACCCCGAUCUCUCCUCCCUCCAAGACAACGAGGGAAGAACUCCUCUCCAUUCUGCUGCAAUCAAAGGAAAAGUCGGUAUCAUUGAUGAAAUCCUUUCAACAAGCCUCCAAUCUGCCAAGAUGGUAACCAAAUAUGGAGAAACCGUGCUACAUGUUGCCGUCAGAAAUAACCAGUACGAUGCUAUCCGGUACUUGGUCGAGAACCUUGACGUCGCCGACCUUCUAAACUUUCCGGACAACGACGGAAACACCAUCUUGCAUAUUGCCUCUGCCGGAAAGCUGAGAGGAAUGGUUAUGUUCCUAGUCAAUAAGACAAGUAUUGACGUGAAUGCUCUUAAUCGCAAGGGAUUAACGGCUCUUGAUGUUGUCGAGAAUAGUGGUAACAGCAAUUCAGGUGCUCUCGCGCUAAUACCUACGUUAGAAGAUGCUGGUGGUAAGAGAUGCGAUCAACUGCCACCACGGUCACCGGCGGUCCAACAAACCACCAAGAAAAACGACUCGGGGGCAUUGCAAAAAAAUAAUCUUAAUGGGCCAUCUUCGUGGUCAAAGAAGAUAUUGGAAUCACCUGCUGCCAGUUCGCAUCGCCGACGACGGCAUUUACGUGGUCGCCGAGAAAAGCAAGUAGAACUCCACAAUGAUAGUUUACGCAAUGUUCGGAACACCAUAACGGUAGUUGCUGUAUUAAUAGCGACGGUGGCAUAUUCCGGUGGAAUAACCCCUCCGGGUGGUGUCUAUCAAGAUGGGGAUUUGAUUGGGAAGGCAACAAUGGCAAGGAAAACCCCAUUCAAGGUGUUCAUGGUCUGCAACAAUGUGGCAUUGUUCUUGUCGCUGGGAAUUGUCAUCGUCCUAGUCAGUGUCAUCCCAUUCAGACGCAAAUCAAUGACCAAACUAUUGGUGGUGACCCAUAAAACCAUGUGGGCAUCCGUGUCGUUCAUGGCUGCAGCUUACAUAGCAGCCUCAUGGGUGAUCUUGCCUUCUGCUGGCAAUAAGGGGAAGGGGACUAGGUGGGUGUUGGUUACUCUAAUAUCAAUUGGAGCAGGGUGUUUUAUCUCCAUCUUCGCCGGUCUAGGCGUAAUGCUGGCACGGCAUACUCUCAAAAAGUGGGAACUGCGAGACAAGAGAAGGAAGAAAGACAGUCCUCAUAGUAGUAUCAGUCGUGUGGAUGAUGAGCUACGUUUGAAGCAUGGUAGCCAUAAUAACUCUAGUUACUCUGAUAUGGAGAGCUCGGAAAAGGAUGGUAUGUAUCCAUUCUAGCUACUCUGAUACGUAGGAAGGAUCAAUAAAUUUUAAUUUCGGUCACUGUACAAUAUUUUACAAACAUAAACAUAUACAAUUUUGUAUCAUGUAUGUACAAUAAUGGAGAUAGGCUAGCCUAUAUAUAUAUAUGUCUUAA